AUGAUCAAAAUAGCCGACGAGCUCGCUAUAUACGGUGUCCCGCUUUCUGUCUGUUAUUGCGAGUCCUCGGUCAUUCGUUAUCUGCUUGAAGUGAGAAAUAUGAUUCGCGAAUCUUUGCUUCGCUGGCUGAGGGUCGUCUCUCUGAGACGGCGUUUUAGCAGCUAUCCAACGUAUAUGCUUGAGCCUACUAUCAAUGUGCUCAAGCGUAUAGCGAAGGAGAGACGUGUCCCUGUUCCGGCUGUUUCUUUGAAUUACUCUAUUAACAAGGGUGUUGUUCCUUUGGAUAUGCAAUCGCUUGGCGGGCGACUGACGGAAGAGGAGAUAAAGGUCAUUGAGGCUGUUAGUAUGGAGAGGCAGAUUUCUUCCUCGUUGCAGUAUGGCUAG